AUGGAAAAAAUGCCAGAAGUGACCCGCUGUUUUGGUAUGUUCCCGGCAAAACAUGCAACUUAUUUAAUAUCUUUGGUCGGAUUGGGAAUGGGAGGCAUUGGAUUAACUGGAAUAGUGCUAUACGGCCUAAUAGAGAAGGCGGUAACAGCGUUUCUUUUCCAACAUUCCAAAGGUCCAGUAGAUGACACAGUGAAGAAAUGUGUACUUCUAACAAUUGGAUUGACGUCUUUGCUCCUGACUAUCGGCUGUGCCCUUAUGUUUUUGGGAGCUACUUCCAGUAAUCCCGGUCCCUUAGCAGUAUCAGUAUGGAUUAUAUAUGCAAUGAACGUAAUUGAUAUAACUUUAUGUGUCGCAGCUCCGCUGUCUUGUUUCUUUAUGGAUACGUUAUGUGUUGUAAAAAAAUUGUCGUUCUCCUCAAUAGUAUUUCUGUUUUUAUUAAUGACUGUUUUUCUAGAACUCUGGGUGUACUUUAUGCUUGUUGUAAAUACUUAUCUCAUGGAAAUAACAUAA